AGUGUACUAUGUAACAACAAUGGAAAUCUAGUAUUUGGGCGAUUACUAGAUUUUUUCUAGUUGCAACUAUCGAUUUAUCACCCGAUAAUCGAUCGAUUUAAUUAUUACUAGAUAUUUCGUAUUUCGUCGUAAGAAUAGAGAAAGAUAGUAGUUGUCUUCAUCAUUUGUGUGUGCAGAAACAGAAUGGCGAAAAAUUUUACGAGAUUAUUAUCUCACAACUAAUGCUGAUAAUGUCGAUAAAUCUGUAUUUCCAUUAUUACUCAAGAAAUUAUAUACGAAUGCUUUACGUCCAGCUUAUUGUUCAGGUGGAUUUGCUAAAGCCGGAAUCUAUCCAUACGACAAAAGAGCGAUACCAAAAGAGAAAAUAUCGUAUUCCGCAACAUCAUCAUCUAAUAGUGGUCAACCGUGUUUAACGCGGGCGCUAUCAAAUGAAUAUUUAUUGCCUGUUCAUGAUCAUAUGACAAAUAAUAAUCGUAUUUUAAAUAAUAAUGAGUCUGGAUAUUAUCGAUUGAGAAGAUCACCAUCAGCGCCACUAUUAAGCUCUACACUAAAUGAAAUAGCUGCGUCAACAGCCAUACUCAACGAUACAGUCACAACGCCAAUGUCUACUACUUCGAUAUCGUCUUCGGUGUUAUCAAUGAAUAAAUCGCUUACAUUUCAAACUGAUAAUUUAGUAUCAAUUGCUUCUCCAAUUACUUCAGUUCCAAAACCACCAAUAUUGAGCAGUUCAUCAAUAGUUGGCAAGUCAUUUUCAUUACUGAAUUCUUCACAAGUUCAAAAUGUUUCGUCGAUUUCGUUUGAUUUGAGUACUGAAUCAAAUGCUAUAACUACAACACUGCAACGCUAUUUAACACCAACUAUUGUCCGUAAUACUCAACGCAAAACAAUGGUCGAAAGGAGUUCUGACGAAAGUCUGACUAGUGUCGAAGCGCUACAUCAACUACAAGCCAAAGAUAUAGCAAGAGAGAAGAAAAAAAUAAAAGCCAACGCCGUCGCUAACCUGGCGAAAAAACCUCGAACAACAAAAGCAAAACGUGCUAUGAAUUUCUCUGACGAAGGUGUUUUAGUUGCUCAACCAACCGCUUCCAAUUUAUUACCGUCGAUUUUACCAUUACAACCUACAUUAUUCCCAAUUUAUAAUUCAUAUGUGUCGUCAACUUUAUUUCCCAGUAGCUCAACAACAGAGUAUCCAUUAUUUUCUAGUCAGACUCAACAUUUCGUCGAUAUUUCAAGAUCAAAUUACGAUCAACAGACUGCGAUGAAUUGUUGUAUUUGUUCAAAUGUAAUAGCACCGUCUACGACUUAUUCGAAUUGUGUAAGUUGUAACAAUGUGAUCUGUUUCUUUUGUUAUCAAUUCGGUCAAACACCAUCUACAUUCGUCUGCGAAUUUUGUCAAAUAGCUGCUCGUGAUUUACCACCUAUCUAUUGA